AUGAUCGGUCUCUUGAUCGAAUCGAGAUACGAUGGCAGCUCUCAGUCUUGCUCUUCCCUUCUCGGCUGUCCUUUACCUGUUACCGUCAGUGCCGCGACAACUGUAAACGAGCAAUUGAACGAUUUCGUCGGUAUCAUUGAUGUGCCAAAAGAAAUUCGCAGAAAUAACGGAAAAGACAAACUUGAACAAAGCUAUGGGAAUGGUGGUUCUUUAUAUCCAUUGGGAAUAAUAAAACCCGUAAUAGGUUCUGUGAACGACGCGACGAGACUCGACGUGGGUUUUCAGGCUAAAGUAGAAUCGAAAAAACAUCCCGAUCACGCAGGCAUCUCGACAAAUAUCCAGCUCGCGAAACAAGCGGAAUGGUCGCACGACGUACUAUCGGAUGAGCAUAAGGAACUUUCGACGGAAGAGAAGCGAAUUAAUAGUCUAACGAGAGCUUUUAAAAACGGAAAUACAAAGGACGCGAAUAUUUAUCACCUGUAUGUCCCGGAUAUUACAGAUGCGUUAGUGGAAAAAUUCGCCAAGGCGAAUACGCAGCUCGGAUCGGGCGUUGUGUCGAGGGACGCGGAUGAAAAAAAUAAUGCCGAUAAUCGCGCUAAAAAAAAGAAUAAUUAUAUCCGACUCUGUAGGAGAUCAAUUGACGGGUCGAUGACGAGUCUGAUGCAGAAAUUACGCGGUAAGGAUUGCGUGAAGCUUCCGAGAAGCGAAUUUUAUCUCGAGCAAGAUACGAAGGAUACAAAUCGGAAGAAGGGCACGAUUAAAGUCGUAGGAUUAAAAAUCGGGACAAAGACUAACAAUGAAAAGGAUUAUAAAGAUUCCGAAAGUGGAAGUGAUGAAUAUAAACAGGAAAACAAAGCAACAGAAAAUUCAAUCGUAGACGCUUCUAUUUCAGACGAUUCGAUAAAUUACGAAAAACUGACCCCAAAAGUAAUUGAUAAACUUGGAAUGGGUCUGAACAUCAAGAAACCGGUGAUCGAUGGGAAAAUCGGUAAACUCGCGCUAUCCACUACACUAAAACUGUGAAAAAAUUGUGAUUAACGCGAUAUUACAAAUUAAUCUUGAUUAAUAUUUUAAACUCCCCCAUAUAUAUGUAUUCAUAUAUACGAGAAAUAAAAGAGUUGCUAGA